GUCGGAAGCCGCAGCAAAAGAUAUUGCGAUGGACAGCGCGUGGACAGAGCUCAAGAAGAACGUCGCUCUCAUCGAGAAGGUCGUCGCGAGCAACAACAAGGAGAAGCUCGCGCGUGUCUUCCGCACGACGUCGGGGAUCCGCCGCGGCUUGACGCCGGCCGAACUCACGCGCGCCGUGACCGAGAUCCUCGCCGAAGACAACGAGAUCCGGUCGUCGCUCCUGAAGUUUAUCGGCCUCGUCAAGCCCGAUGCUGCGGACGACGUGGACAUGACGGCCGGCGAAGACGACCCGGCGGUCGGCGACGUCGAGAAGGAUGCGAGCGUGCACAUGGAGCGGAGCGAGCUCAUUGAAGUCGAGACGUACCUCAGCCUUCUUGUCAUUGCGCUUUUGCUCAAGUCACAGCUCGGCGCCGAGGCGCAGGCGUGCGCCGACUUGGUGCGCCAGCGCUGCAUGCAGUUCAACCGCCGCACGCUCGACUUGUUUGCGGCGCGCGUCAUGACGUACUUUGCGUACGCGUUUGAGCGGUAUGGCGAGGGCUACACGGCGAUCCGCCCGCUGCUCCUCACGGCGCACCGCACGGCGUGCCUCCGCUGCGACGAGAUUGGCCAAGCGACGCUCCUCAACCUGCUUUUGCGCAACUACUUGCACGAGAAUCUGUACGAGCAAGCGUACAAGCUCGUGUCCAAGACGACGUUCCCGGAGGCGGUCUCGAACAACCAGUUUGUGCGCUACCUCUACUACGUCGGCAAGAUCCACGCCGUCCAGCUCGAGUACACGGACUCGUACAACAAGCUCAUGCAGUCGAUCCGGAAGGCGCCGCAGAACACGGCGAUUGGCUUUCGCCGCACGGUCUAUAAGCUCGCGAUCAUUGUGCAGCUGCUCAUGGGCGAAGUCCCGGAGCGCAGCAUCUUCAACCAGGCCGAGCUCAAGACGGCGCUGACUCCGUACUUGCAGCUCACCAACGCGGUGCGCGUGGGCAACCUUGAAGACUUUACGGCCGUCCUCAACCAGUUUGCCGACGUCUUCAAGGCCGACAAGACGCACACGCUCAUCCUCCGGCUGCGCCACAACGUCAUCAAGACGGGUCUCCGCAAGAUCAACACGUCGUACUCCAAGAUCCUCUUCUCGGAUAUCUGCGCCAAGCUGGCGCUCGACACGCCGCAGAACGCCGAGUUUGUCUGCGCCAAGGCCAUCCGCGACGGCGUCAUUGACGCGGUCAUCGACCACAAGCACGGCUGGAUGCAGUCCAAGGAAACCGUGGACGUGUAUGCGACGACGGAGCCGCAGCAGGCCUUCCACAAGCGCAUCACGUUUUGCUUAGACGUGCACAACGAGGCGGUCAAGGCCAUGCGCUACCCGCCGGGUGCGUACAAGAAGGACCUCGAGUCGGCCGAGGAACGCCUCGAGCGCGAAAAGCAGGAAGACGAGCUCGCCAAGGAGAUCGAGGAGGAGCUCGAUGAAGGUCUCUAAGCUGUCGCCUUGUGGUGCGAUCCGCAGUAAUGAUGAUGAUCACGA